AGAUGAAAAUUUGACUUUUCGACUUUUUUGUCUUAUUCAAAAAAUGAUUUGACACUGACAAUUUGCGUAUUUAUAUCAAUAAAAGAAAAUAUAUUUAUGAGUGCAUUCCACCAAGCAUUCCCGCCGCCUAAAAUUCUCUUUUGGACGAUCCUUGUGAUCAAAAACGUCACUCAUGACGUCACGACUAACGUUCACAACGACCCUUGUCAAGUCGAAAGAAACCUCUUUCGCUUUAUUUUUUCUGUUUGUUCAUUUAUCUCAACGCUCAAAACGCCUUGAUGUAAUUUGGGUUUACGAUUAUAACGCUUAACAGAAAGUGGAAAGGGAAAGAUCGUGAGCAUCAUUGUUGUGAUUGUUUAGUGGAAUGUACCCUAUGUAAGUUGUUAAAAGAGAGUUUGACAAGUUGUCAUUUAUCAAUGGCUUGUCAUCUAAUUUGAACAAAGAUGUAUAAAAUAGAAUAGGUAACAUUUUAAAAAAUAAAUCCGAUUAUCUUUUUAAUAUUAUUUGUUAACGAUAAUAUUCACGAAGACAGAUGGCGGUACAUGCUAUCAUCGUCCAAUAAUACUAUGCUUAUAAACAUUUUUUGUAAUCAAAAUUACUUCGAAAAACUUUGUUUUUAUUUACUUAGAAUUUUAUCAGCUAAUAUGUCCUAUGAACUAUAAAUACAACAAUACAUUUGUAGAUAAAGAGUAGACGUGUUUUGUUGAAAUUUUAUUGAUAUGGACUCGAUUGCAGAAAAUAACGAGAAACCUACUCCACCUCGGAAUUUAAAACCAGAAAACAUCGGAUUAUGGAAGGGGUGGUGCUGCAAAGGAGAUAGAGAAGUCGCAAGAGAAGCGGCUGCAAAAGGCAUUGCCAUGGACCUAGUAGCACUGUUUAUUUCACAAAGGAAAAAAAUCGAUUUGAAAGAAGCAGAAGAUUAUUAUAAAAAUGAGGUACUUACAUGGGUAAACGACCUUCUAAAUCGCAAACAAAUAUUUAGAGUAUCUCAUAUAUUGAGUAACAUAGGAAUCAAUCCUCAAGAAGAAUUAUCGAAAAUAUUUUGUAAUACGGUGAAUCGAGAAUUACGAGAGUAUAUUGGAAAUCAUUUAAAAAAUCAAAGUAAAUUGGACGAUAAUUUGUUACACUUAUGGCAUUUUCUUGAAAUAAUUUUGAACAACAGUUUGGUUAUGUCCAAGUGGAAAUUGGAGAAAAACAGCAUCGAAUGUUUGAAAAAUCAGGAAAGUAGCUGGAAAUCCAAAAUAGCAGUUAAAUUAUUCUUGAGGAGUUACGAUGCCAAAUUAAUUCCGUUUUUAACGGCAGAAGCAGUUUGGAAACAACUGUUGGCAUACCACGAUAUAAAACUAUUAUAUUCUUGGAAUCAUAUUCAUUAUACGGAUCGUUACGAUACUAUAGAAAUACCUGAUAAUUUAUUGAAAGUAUUCAAACAGUUUCCAAUUACGAACGAUAUGAUAAAUUAUUUAAAUUCGCCUGAGAUACUACCGCACGUUUCCACUUUUAUACUCAACGAUUUAUGUCGAUUCGGUAUUUUUUGUGAUAGAGACAAAAAAAAUUUUAUGAAUAUAUUAACGAGAUUGUACAAUUCGAAUAAUUUACCGAAUAUUUACGAGAUAUUAAGAGAUAGAAAUAGUAAUUUAACGGAAAAAGUUUUUUUGAAUCAGUUGGUUGAUUAUUGUGUGGAUAAUAGAUUGAUUCACGUGAUGAGUAGUUGUAUAGAAAAUUUCGAAAUCAACGAAGAUACAGUAAAAGGUAAUCGAUAUUUGGAACUUGUAUUAAAUUUUAGACAGUUGAUAAAAGAUUUUGAGGAACCUUUAUUGAGAGAUAAUAUCAUUGAAGUUUCGACGUUUCUAUCGGAAAAUUUGGAAGUUUAUUUUAAGAAGAAUCCAUUAAUUUUAUUAUCGAUUAUAUUAUUUUCUAAAGAAAUUUCAAUGGAAAGUUUAAUAGAAGGAAAAACGUUGAAAAUGGAUGAAAUAGUGUCUAGUGAAUCUAUUGAUUGUUUAUUAGAACAAAUACCGUCUUUAAUUACGAUAACGAAUAGAAAGAAAGUUAUCGAAGAAGAAAAAAAAUUAUAUUUUUACGAACUUUUAUUGAAACAUUAUGGCCUUAACGUAAAUCAAUUGUAUUUUUUUCAAUUUGGAGAUUUGGUAUUACCAGAUUUCACUAAUACUUUUCUACAAAAAAAAUUCGGUUACAUGAAGAAGAUUAAUUAUAUUUUCUACGUGAAACAAUACAGACCAAGCAUAGCGUCUAAAUUAUAUCUUCUGAAUCAAUACGAAGAUUUCAAAGGAUUUCCCGAGGGUGAUAUCAAAGUUUUACGAAAAAAAAUAUUCAAAAUUGUCCUUCGGAAUAUAACGAACAUCGAAAUAACAUCCAGUUGUGUAGCUUUCUUAGAAAUGAUCGGCGUUAAUUCAAAUUUUAUAAAAAUAACCGUAACAGUUAUAAAAAUUUUAUUAGAAGACGGUAUAGAAACGAAUAUUAUAAAAAAAAUGUUUUCAAACAUAGAAAAUAAUCCUACGGAGAUAUUAUCAAUAUUAGAACCGAUUGUUAUGAAAGAAAUCGAUUUCGAUAACCUCCUAAACGGUUCCUACUUCAUCAAAGCCGUUAAUAUCUACGAUAUCGUCGUUAAUUUCACGAUUUGCUACGAUCUCAAAUUACCGGAGAUGUUUUUGAAAGCGUGCGGGGCUAACAACAUGUGGUUGCCUUUUCUCGUUUUCGCCCAAAUGAAGAAUUACCCCGCCGAACAAAUCAAGCCGCUCGUGCAGUCGUUCAGGAAUCCGAAUAUGUUGGAACAUCUCCACCACAGCGUCGUGCACGAUAUAAAUAUAGAACACAACGUGCUGAUGGGCGAGAGGGAUUCUCGGAAUCACUAUUUGUCAAGAAUUGGUGUCAGGAAAAGUUUGGAAAACUUGAAUCAGGGCGGUUCUAUUUAUAGCGCACCUUCGAGGUCGAGCUACGGUAGCAGUAGCAGUUCGGGAGGAUCCGAUUUUUUGGAAAUCGACGUUUCGAAUACUAAAGCCACGUUAUUACAAACUUUAAUAAGAUGUCACAGCAGUACGGAUCCACCGAGGGCCUUAUUACAAGCUUGUCAGCUGUACAAAAAUCCUGUAUUGGCUAUUUUCGCCACAAGUUACGAGCCAGAUUCUUUAAUAACAAACUGGUUGACGUGGUUAGCUGUUUCUUCCGGUUUAUACGAAGUUUUCACGAAUUUCGAACUAAUCGCUCUGAAUUCCCAAUCGGUUUCUAAAUUGUUGAACGAUGUUAUGAAAAAUAGAUUUCCCAAGACUUUGCUACAAAGUUUCGAAAUUUUUAUGCCAACCAAUCCUUUGAGGUAUUUCGUAGAAUUUCUAAAUCUGUGUAUUGAAGGAGUCCAAGAUGUUACAAUUCUUACUGCUUUAUUAGACACUUUUAAGACAUCUUUAGGUCAGUGCAGGAGAUACAGUUUGAUCUCAGAAACUGAUCACGAGAUGACAUAUUCCAAUAAUAUAAUUUGGAUAGAAAAAACAGUCGUUGAACUACUUUCUUCAAUCCUACAAUUCAACGUAACGUCCUUACACGAACAACUCGGAUUAGUACGAACUCUAAAUAAGAUCGACAUAAAUAAAUAUGUGAACUGUCCGGAUUUUACUAAUUUUUUAGAUGUUUUGGAAAUUGUUUACAAUUCCAACAGUGAUAUAAGAUUCAAUAUCGAUUUGUUUUUGAGCGAUAAAGGUGAAGAUGCAGCUCUAGACGAAUGUGUAAACGCUUUUUUGGAUAACUUUAGAUUCGAUGAUGCUUUAAAAGUGGCCAAAAUCAAAAAUGUACCUUCAGAUAUCAUCUUGAUAAGGCGGUGGGAGCACAAAUUCAAAACUAAGGAUUCGAGAGGACUCGAAUUUUGGAUAAAGUGUAACGACGAAUUCGAAUCCAGGAAAUUAACUGCCGAUUGUGUGGUCAAGUUUUUCUUGGAGCACGUAUCCAAAGUGGAAACAACCAUAGAAAAAUUCGAACUAAUAAAUUUAGCGCAUAAAUGGUCGAAAAAUAACGAUCUACCAUCUCGAAACGAUUUAGAAAAAGAAAAAUGGUCGGUGUAUAUAACGUUAGAGGAAAAAUGGCGUACUUUGGACAACAUAAUCGCUGAAGAAACCCUUCGACUCGUUCCAUUUGAAGAAAUGUUGAAUAUGCUCGAAGAAAUCCCGGUUAACAAUAAGAUCCUUUCUCCAGAAGCCAUAAAUAUAAUAAAUACCAUGAUUAACGAUGCCCUCGAUAACGAUCGAUUUUGGUUAGCAGUUAAAUUGGAAAAAAUAUUCGGUUGUAAAAAUCCUCAUUUGGAUAUUUUGAAAUUGUGUCAUAGCUUAGCCGAAGGUUUGGUACAACCUCAACACAUCGGUCCCGAACACAAACUGUUUUUAUCGAAGGGACUCUCCUUCGGAAGAUUGAGUCAUAAAAAAACUCAAUUGUUCACUAGGAAUCCUGGAAACGUCCCCCCUUCUUCAUCGAGCACCUCCGAAGGACCUGUCGAUACAGUUAACGAUUCCGGUCGAGAUAUAUUGGGUAUGUUGAGUUCGCUAGCCGGAAGAAUUACCUGCGGUGUCGAAAUAGCUCAAACAAUAUUAAUGACCUACAGAAUUAGUAUCAAUAUCGAUAUUCCUUACAAAUUGAUAGUACCCACCAAAGAUCCGAUGAAAAUGUUGAAAGCUGUCUUGGAAGAGAAUUGCUCCAACAAAUUGGAGAUCGUCCACGAUUUUGUUUCCGUUUAUAAGUGGACUAAGGAGCAGGUUGCCGAUUUGAUUUGCGAAGAAAUCGUUACUGCGGCUACAAAAUUCGUUCAGUCUUGGUUAGAAGGUUUCACGAUGUGGGAUAUAAAAAUGGAUGAAGAUUUCAAUUUAGUUUUAAAAUUACUUCCCGAUAAUUGUUCUUCAAUAUUGGGAGAUAAAUUAUACGCAUUCGCGAGUGCUACCCAUAAAUCUCAGGUUGUAGCGGCUUUAAAUUUCAAAAUUAAUCAAAUAGCACUCGUAAUCGAAUUAUUAAUCAUCGCACAUUCUUGUUACACCGCCGAUUGUAACAUGGAAGGAAUUUUUUUAAUAUUAAAAAAAUCCAGAAUCGUAGUUUCCCAUUUAUUGAAAUUGAGAAGUUGGAAAUUAAUCGUCAGAUUAUUAACCGGUGUAGGUAGAUACACGGAAAUGACGUACGUUUUCGAAAUUUUAAGAGAAAACGAUCAAUUCGAAUUUUUGCUUAGGAAAGGUUCUCGAAAAGAUAACGCUCUGAAAGCCGCCCUGUUGGAAUAUUUGAAGAAAUAUUGUCCCGAAAAUAAGGAGUUGUAUAAAAUAGUCGCUUUGCAUUUUACUUUGUUUUCCGAAGUGGCUACAAUUUGGGAAGGUGAAGCCGGAUACGUUAUCAAUAAUUUGAUAGCUAUCGCUAAAUUGGAUAUGCAAAAUAAUAAACUCGAUCCGGAUACUGAACCGUUUAUUCUAUUUUCGAACACAGAGGAUACCAAAAUGUGUCUCAAUAAGGCUCUUGAAUAUUACACGCAUGCCACGGAAUUCCAUCUACAAGGAGAAAAGUUAACGAAAGCUAUGAAUUCCGCUAAACAAGCUGAAUUGAUAGCUUUACAGAUAUCUCUGUUUAAAGGAUUACCAAAUAAUACCAACGUUUUUUGUUUGCUCAAUUUGAUUGAAAUUCAAAUUAGAGAAUUGAUCACUCAUCAUUUAAGUUUCGAUCAAAGUCUGAUUCUUUCUGAAUCCUAUAGUUAUUAUCCCGAAUGGGGCGCAGUUUUGUUCGCCCAAUUCGUAAAACAAAAUCGUACUAAUUACUUAGAGGGUUUCGUGAAACACCUACCUCUUACCGAUUCAUUGGUUAACGAUAUAUCUAGAAGAUUUUUGUCCUCCAAAACCAACAAUAUUUGUGAGAUUAACAACAUGAAAACGAUAUUAUAUCAACUACCAUCCGUACAUACAAAAUAUAGGAUAGCCAGUGAACUUGGUUUUACUGAUUUCAUAGAGGACUUGAUAUCUAGCGAUCAGUUGGCUUAUUUGAAGGAUACUGUAUGGAAAAAUGGUUAUAGGAAUUGAUUACGGCAAUUUUGAAAGGUUAAUAACAAUUGGAUAAUGUCUUGAACGUGACGUAUGCUUGUAGUUAUGCGUUUUAACAAGCGCCUUUUAAGAUGAAAUAAUGGGACUCGUAUUUAUACUAAUAAAAAUUCGUAAAUUUUAUAUCUAAUUAUAGAUUGUUUAAUUUCAUUGCAACUAAUAAAUUUUAUAUAAAAACUGUGAUAUUAUAUGACUGCUAUUUAUAAAUAAAUUAUAUAAACUUUGAAA